AUGGCUGGUAAGUUGGGUGGCCUGGACUUCCUGGAAGGGCCGGAGGAAAAGCCCCGGAAUUCCCCGUUUUCCCCCAAUCCGAACCUGGAAGCUAGGCUGACCUUCGCCCCGACGGCUCUCCAACCGACAGACGUGAACUGGCAGGUGGAGUCCAAUAAGCAGUCCCAUCACACCAGCAAAUUCUACAGCCCCGAGCUGAUCGUGCGGAGGGGUCAGCCCUUCACCGUCGCCCUCGGCCUCAACCGGGCCAUGGAGGCCGGGGAAACCGUCACCUUCACCGUCGCCACAGGCCCCAACCCUUCGGAGUCGGCCAGGACGAAGGCCGUGUUCCAGCUGUCGGGCCCGGCGGUCCGAGGGGGGUGGUCGGCCGCGCCGGCGGGCAGCAGCGCCAGUGGACUGAGCGCCUCCAUCACCAGCCCCCCCAACUCCCCCGUGGGCCGCUACCAGCUGAGCGUCCAGAUCUCCUCCCGGGGCAAGGUCUCCUCCGUGGCCCUCGGGCCCUUCGUCCAGCUCUUCAACCCCUGGCUGAAAGAGGACAGCGUCUUUCUGAACAGCGAGGCGGAGCGGGAGGAAUACGUGCUGAAAGACUACGGGAUCAUUUACGUGGGCAGUGUCAACCGCAUCGACAUGGUGGGCUGGAACUAUGGUCAGUUCGAAGAGGACGUCCUGAACGUCUGUCUCUCCGUCCUGGACCGGAGCCUCAACUUCCAGCGGGACCCCGCCACCGACGUGGCCCGACGGAACGACCCCAAAUACGUCGGGAGGGUCCUGAGUGGCAUGGUGAACGGGAAUGACGACUCCGGGGUCCUGGCGGGGAACUGGAGUGGGGAGUACGCGGGGGGCCGAGACCCCCGCAACUGGAACGGCAGCGUGGAGAUCCUCAAGGAGUGGAAGAAGACCGGCUACCAACCCGUCCGCUACGGCCAGUGCUGGGUCUUCGCCGGGACCCUCAACACCGUGCUCCGGUGCUUGGGGAUCCCGGCCCGCGUCAUCACCAACUUCAACUCGGCCCACGACACGGACCGGAACCUGACGGUGGACGUCUACUACGACCCCCUGGGCAACCCGCUGGACAAAGGCAGCGACAGCGUCUGGAACUUCCACGUGUGGAACGAGGGCUGGUUUCUCCGCACGGACCUGGGCCCCUCCUACAAUGGCUGGCAGGUACUGGACGCCACCCCGCAGGAGCGGAGUCAGGGGGUGUUCCAGUGCGGGCCGUCGUCGGUGGCGGCCAUCCGGGCCGGGGACGUGCAGCUGGACUUCGACGCGCCCUUCGUGUUCGCCGAGGUGAACGCCGACCGCAUCACCUGGGUCUACGACGCGGCCGACGGCAGCCAGCGGCAGAGCGGGCUGGACGCCUCCUCCGUGGGCCGCUUCAUCAGCACCAAGGCCGUCGGCACCGACGCCCGCCUCGACCUCACCGAGAGAUACAAGUUCCCCGAAGGCUCGACGCAGGAGAGAGAAGUGUUCAAGAAGGCCUUGGGCCAACUCCGCCCGUCCAUGGGGUUCAGCUCGACGGCCUCCGCGGAGGAGGAGGCCCGGCCGGCCCGGGUGGCCGGCAAAUUCAAGGUGGUCGGGGCCCUGGAGGUCGGCCAAGAGGUCAACUUGGUCCUCCUCCUCCGCAACCUCUCCCGCGACCUCCAAGCCGUCACGGUCAACCGGACGGCCUGGACCAUCGUCUACAACGGGACGCUGGUCCACGAGGUCUGGAGAGACUCCCUCACCGCCUCCCUGGAGCCCGAAGAAGAGGUGGAGCUGCCCAUCAAAAUCCCGUACGCCCAGUACGCCGAGCACCUGACGGCCGACAACAUGAUCCGAGUGACCGCCGUGUGCCGGGUCACCGACGGCGGGGAGGUGGUUGUGGGGCGAGACGUCAUCCUCGACAACCCCGCCAUCACGCUGGAGGUUCCGGACCACGCCAAGGUGAAGACCCCCAUGAACGUCCUGGUGCUGUUUGCCAACCCCCUGGCCGAGCCCGUGGAGAACUGCGUGCUCAUGGUGGAGGGCAGCGGGCUGAUGAGGGGAAACCUCAAGAUAGACGUGCCGUCCCUGCGGCCCAAGCAGCGGUCCCGGGUGCAGUUCGAGAUCGUGCCGAUCCGCAGCGGGGCCAACCAGCUCCUCAUCGACUUCUCCUGCAACAAGUUCCCUGCCAUCAAGGCCUUCGUCAACAUCGACGUCUCCGAAUGA